AGCCCCUUUUAAUCAAUGGAGAAAUUCAGAGAAAUUCCACCUUGAAAAUCUGUUUUGGAACUAGCUGCAAAAAUGUGUGACUGCUUAUGCAUCGACAAUGGGAAAGAUAGCGAUGCUGAAAAUGGGGGAAAUAUCACGCCGGAUACAGAGAAACUUUGGAGAUCGAACAGAUACUCGUCUAUGACAGAGAUCCAUCCCUAUGUUUUUCAAUUUCUCACAGAAAACUUUACUAGAAAGGAGUGUACUAUCUUUGAACCGGCUCCGCAACAACCGAAUUGCGUAUGCGGUGGAACUUUUAAAGAGCAUAGAGCACGAGCUGUGUUUGAAAGUAUUCUACCUGGCACAGUUGACAGACACAAAGUUCCCCCAGCAAAUGAAGGACCCAGAAUUAAAAGUUAUCCAACAAACGCGUAUGGGAAGAUUGAGUUUCAAAUGGAUGGAUUCGGGCUUCUGAAGCCAGCAAAGUAUAUCCGACUUGCUGAUGAUAACUGCUUGGAUUCCCUGGUGUCUUUGAUGCAAGAUUACUGGAAAAUGAAUGAACCUGAUCCGCCUCAAUUUAUUAUUUCUGUUAUUGGCAACACUUCUUCCUUUGUUGAUGAUCACGAGUGGAAAGAAACGUUUGGAGAUAAUCUAGUCAAAGCAAUUUUGACAGCAAACGCUUGGUUGUUCACUGGUGGUCUGAAUUAUGGAUUAGUUAAAGUUGUCGGAGACGCUGUUCGAAAGAGACAAUAUCUCGUGUCCACGAAAGAACGGAUGAUACAUGCUGUACGGUGCAUUGGUGUUUCCAAAUGGGGAUGUGUAGAAAAUAGUGACUUGCUUAUUAACACGGAUCCUAAGGAGAUGCAUUAUUCGAGAUAUAAAGUUAAACCGCAUCACAAGUUAGAAAGCGGAAGAGCGUAUCUGAAUCCUGGUCACACUCAUUUUUUGUUAGUGGAUGAUGGAACAAAGCGUAUAUGCAAAGGAACCGAAGCUUUUAGAGUAGAGCUCAUGCAUAAAAUAUCGGCUACUAAAGAAGAAGAAGGUUUGGCAAUACCAUCGAUCUUAUUGGUUCUGGGAGGAGAUUUGGAUUCUAUAGAUGAGAUAUUGCUCUGCUUAAAUAAAGAAAUUCCUGUUCUGCUGUGUUGUGGUUCUGGUGAUAUAGCUGAUAUUAUAGCCAUGGCUAUAUCUUGUUGUAAUAUGACAGGUUCAAGAUGUGAAAGACUAGCAGCGGAAGAGGACAAGGAUUUAAUAAGGAAUUUAUUAAAUUCUUACGCUAAAAAACACGCCAAAAACACCGUACCCAUGCUAGAUGCCAAAGUGAAAGAUAUUUAUAAAUGCUGCAAGAAAAAACAUUUAAUUCAUGUUUUUGAAUUAAAUGGAAACGAGAGCUUAGAUUUGCACAUUCUUGCAACUGUGAUAAAACACAAAAGAGGUGCUACCCUUCGAGACCAGCUUUUAUUAGCUGUACACUGGAAUCGUCCCGAUGUAGCCAAAAAACUCUUUCCUGAUUGUGGAUCUUGGCCCCUGGAAAUCAUCGAAGAGGCAAUGACUGCAGCUUUAAUUACCAACAAGCCUGCCUUUGUGCGAUUACUUCUAAAACGUGGGAUUGUCAUGAGAGAUUAUUUGACUGUUGGAAUGCUAAGAACUCUUUACAACGAAUGUAUUUCUGAAAAUGAAGCGGCUCAAGUAGUUUUGAAAGACUUGACUCACAAAGAGAAAUAUUUCAACCUCCGUGAUAUUUCAAACUUCCUAAGCUUUCUAAUGCGAAAACACAGGCAUGAUAUUUAUCAACGGGAUAUAACAUGCAAAAGAGGAAUAGAAUCCACAGGGAUAUCCGGAGAACACUUUGAACAACCUUUCAGAGAACUUUUUAUUUGGGCCAUUAUUGUUUUAAGGACAGAACUCGCAUUAUUCUUUUGGAACGAAACUCAAAAACCUUUGCAAAUGGCUGUGGUUGCAACUGCACUUUAUUGGAGACUUAAUAUGUCCUAUGAAAAUGAAGAAAAAUCAAUUUACGUCGAUAAGAAAAAGGAAUUCGAAAAGAUAGCGGUGGGUGUUCUUCAACAAUGUGACAAAAUGGACUGGAAGAAAACAUCAGAAAUUUUAAAUUAUCGCGAUCCCUACUGGGGAAAUAUGACAGUGCUCGAUAUUGCAAUAUUGGCUUACGAUAGGGCUUUUAUGGCAUCAGAAACAUGCAUCAAAAUAACUGAACAGCUAUGGUUUGGGAAAUUGGAAAGCAAUACUGUGCUGCGACUGAGCCUAACUAUUUUCAAUCCUUUGCUAAUCGGUUUGGGGUAUUUGCGGUACAGAAGUGACCCCGAUGCAGAAAGAGAGCCAAAUAUAUUUGAAAAAAUUUACUACUUCUAUUCUUGCCCUGCUAUUAAAAUGAUGGUGCUUUUUUACUCCUAUUUGUGCUACCUUUUUCUGUUUUCCUAUGUGAUACUUUUUGACUUCCGUGAAACUAUCAAUUGGCCUGAAAUCAUUCUUCAGGUGUGGGCGUUCAGCCUUAUUCUGGAUAUUGGAAAAGAGAUAGUGCAACAACCGAGUGAUCCAAAGGACAACAAACUAAUGGAAUGGCUGCAUGGUUAUUUCUGGAAUAAAUUGGAUGUUGUUUGGAUUUGUCUUUUCGUCGUUGGAGUUACAGUGAGACUCACUUCGCAAUUUGUGCAUAUUUACAACUGGGUGAAACUGGAUGACAUUCAUUUGAUUUAUACAUUCAGCUGUAUACUUAGCUACAUUAGACUUUAUGAGUUUUACAUGACAAUGGCACACAUAGGACCAAAGCUAAUUGUACUAAAAAGAAUGAUAGGCGAUCUCAUUGUAUUUUUCCUCAUCGUUGCUGUAUGCAUUUUGUGUUACGGAAUCGGUCGCGUCGCACUUUUACAUCGUGAACGGCAACCGUUUUGGAACGUUUUCACUGAAAUAUUUUCACUUCCUUAUUGGCAUCUCUUCGGAGAACUAGAUUUGGAUGAGGAUUCUGCUGGCAGAUUCCCAACCUGUGAAAAAGACCCAUCUUAUUGUCGCCAAAGUCCGCACGCAUGGCUUGUUCCCAUUAUGCUAGCUGUUUAUAUGCUCAUUGGCAACAUCUUAUUAGUCAAUAUGCUCAUAGCUGUGUUUACGCAUGUCUUUGACGAAGUGAAUACAAACUCUCGAGAAAUUUAUUUGUUCGAAAUUUAUGUAUCCGGACAACAGUUUUCACGGCGAUCUAUCCUCCCACCCCCAUUUCUUAUUGUAGAAGAUCUUUUGUGUGGCACCUAUUUCUUAUGUGUCAAGAUGUACAAGAAGAUCUACUCAAGAUGCUGUUGUUGCAUUCAAAGUUUUAACGAAAAGAGCCAGAUGCAGAGAAAAUUGCGCCUAGUGUAUGUGGGUAACUUACGAUUGUUUGAAAAGGAAGGAAGAGCAAAAUAUUUAAAAAGACUUGGAAGUCCAGAUGAGCAAGCAAUAGAAGCAGCGAAAAUUGAUCAAAGAAUAAAUUACUUGAAAGAUUUCGUGAAAAGACUUCAUCUGACGCAUAAUCCCAAACAGGCUUCAAAAUCAGAAAAGCAUUCGAAAUACAAGUUGCCACUAGGAAGCACAGGAAAACUGCAAAGCCAGGUAGACAAAAUGAUAGAUGAAAAUGACGAUCUCCGUUCUCAGCUUGACACGGAUGAUUUCAUUUUGCAAUGGUCUACGAUGAAACGAUGUGCCUCCGAGCAGCAACUGGCAAGAUCAUGGGCUGAAGCUGAUAACAGACUUCUACAAAUUGAAAACUAUUUAACUUAUAUAAUGACAAAACUUGAAAAUAUUGAUCAAGCAGUUAUGAAAAUGAAUCAAGGAGCAACUGCAAUAUGAAAAACCUUCAUAUACUUGAAGCCUUGAUGUGAUAUCUAAGUGUUGCAGCUACAAUCUAUUCGCUCAUGAUGUUCAUCAAUAUUUAAAAAAAGUU